AUGGGUGUGGCGGGUUCGAAGCUGGAGAAGGCUCUAGGUGAUCAGUUUCCCGAAGGCGAGCGCUAUUUCGGCUUGGAGAAUUUCGGCAACACUUGUUAUUGCAACAGCGUCCUCCAGGCCCUUUAUUUUUGUGCCCCGUUUCGUGAACACUUGCUGGAGUAUUAUUCUAACAACAAAAGCCAAGGGGAAGCAGAUGAAAAUAUCUUAACAUGUCUUGCAGAACUUUUCUCACAGAUAAGUUCACAGAAGAAGAAAACGGGUGUAAUAGCUCCAAAGCGCUUUGUACAAAGAGUUCGGAGAGAAAAUGAGAAUUUCCGAGGAUACAUGCAUCAGGAUGCUCAUGAAUUUUUAAAUUAUCUGCUGAAUGAACUCGUUGACAUAUUGGAGAAAGAGUCUCAGAAAGUGACCAGCGCGCCCCAGGCUUCCCUUGACACUACUGUUAAUGGGCCGCGCAAUGGUCCAGUCGAUGGUGUAAAGAAGGAACCAUUAGUUACUUGGGUCCACAAGAAUUUUCAGGGUAUACUAACAAAUGAGACAAGGUGUUUAAGGUGUGAGACGGUUACUGCUAGGGACGAAACGUUCUUGGAUUUAAGCCUUGAUAUCGAACAGAACAGUUCAAUAACAAGCUGUCUCAGGAAUUUCAGCUCCACCGAAACCCUUAAUGCUGAAGAUAAAUUCUUUUGUGACAAGUGCCGUAGUUUGCAAGAAGCUCAGAAGAGGAUGAAGAUAAAGAAACCACCCCACAUCUUGGUCAUCCACCUCAAGCGCUUCAAGUACAUGGAGCAGCUUAACCGCCACAAAAAGCUGUCCUACCGAGUCGUGUUUCCUCUCGAACUCAAGCUCAGCAACACUAUGGAGGAUGCUGACUCAGAGUACUCAUUAUUUGCUGUUGUGGUCCACGUGGGCAGCGGGCCCAACCAUGGCCACUAUGUCAGCCUUGUUAAGAGCCACAACCACUGGCUGUUUUUUGACGACGAGAAUGUGGAGAUGGUGGAUGAGUCUGCCAUCCAGACCUUCUUUGGGUCGGCCCACGAGUACUCCGGCAGCAAUGACCAUGGUUACAUUCUCUUUUACGAGAGCCUUGCAUCUGAGAAGGAGUGCUGA